AUGAAUAUAAAAUCUAAUACUCGAAAUAUUAACAAUUAUCCCAAUCAUAUGACUGUAUCUCGUAAACCUUCAUCAUCAACGACAACAUCCUUUAUCCAUUUACGUCCUCAUGUUAAUGCAAAAUUCAAUCUAUGUAAUGCUACACAACGAAAACAGGCACCAUAUUAUCGUAAAUUUCAAACUGGCUCAACAACCACAUUUUCUGGUUACACUAAUAUAUCUAAUGAAAAUAAAAAUAGAAAUAGUUGUUUGAAACAAAACGUACAAAAUAAUAAUUAUAUUCAUUCGAAUUCUAAAUUUAAUAAAAAUACUACUGAAAACAUUCCUAUACCCUCUCUCAUGUCUAUUCAUUGCUUCCAACAACCACCGCGCAAAAAUCGUCGAAGUAUUCAACAUGCCGAACAAUACAAAGAUCGAGCACCAUCAAUUCAGCCAAAUUAUCCAAAUAAGAAUUAUAAUUUUACACCAACAUCGAACGAACUUCAAGGUAUCAUCCUAUCUGAUUCUAUGUGUAAAUAUGUUCGUUCAGAACAAGUAAGUACCAACAACAUCAAGGUAACUCUAUCUUUUGAAUCCGGAUGCGAUUGCAACCGGAUGCUGACUUUUUUAGAACAAAUGAAAACUGAAAAAAAUAAAAAAAUAUUUGAAAUGGACUUUCUUGUUUUUUCUCUUGGUACAAAUGAUGUAGCAAAUUUAGGACCAGAAGUUGCUAUCCAACAAUGUCAUGAUUUAAUCCAAUAUGUGCGACGAUUAUUUCCAAAAUUAAAAAGCAUAGGUUGGCUACUCCUUUCACUACGAUGGAAACCAUCGAAACUCUUCGAUUCUUCACAAAUCAACGAAAAUAAUAAAAAAUUUAAUGAAUUAUUGAAAAUAUUAUCCAAACAACUGAAUUUCGAAGUCAUUCAUACAAAUCUUCAACAUCACCAUAUGCAUACCGAUGGUCUUCACCCAUCAAUUAAAUCAGGUCGUAUAUUAAUUGAAAAAGCAAUAAAAAAUUGGUUCACUAAACAUACAAAAAGUUUACCUUUAGAUAAUAAUAACAACCAACACAAGAUAAGCCAACAAAAUCAACAACAACAACAAAUAAGAUACCAAGAGCAACAAAAAAAACAAAAAUCACAACAUCAUCAAUUAGAUUAUCAACAACAACAACAACAACAGAAACAACAAUUACAAAUUUAUGAAGAUAAUAAUCGACAACAUUAUCAACAACAAAAACAGCGACAAAAACAACAAAAAAUACAAAUUCAAUAUCAUCACAAACAAUAUGAAACAAAACAAUAUCAAGAAUAUCAACGCAACAAUGUAACCACCGACAACAACAAUCAAUAUCGAUGGUCAGUAAAUCAAAAAUAUGGAAGGCAACAGUUGCCAAUGAAGAAAUUAAUACCUAAUUAUCCUCAUUUUCUACGACAUAAACAAGAAUUCUUUCGGAAGAUAGCAAUACCAGCAGAGUUCGAAAAAGAAAAAGAAAACAUCUUCAUGUUAAGUAAUCUACAUUUUCAGACGGAAAUUUUGAAGUUAGAGGCAGAAAAAUGGCGAAUUUAUGUGGAAUCUGCAAGUGAAAAGAAACAAGUAGCACAAGAUAGAAAACAAAUAGAAACCAUAAUAAUAGAUGAUAAUAGUAUACCAAUAGCUAGACCAUCGCCUAAUAAUUUGGCAAAUCCACCUGCACCAUUAGAUUUAAGUGAUCUAUCAGAACUAUUCGAUGAAUGGCUACCAGAGCCAGUACCGGGAAAAAAGCGAAAAUUGGCACAACGUCAAGACAACCCGCCAACUCCACCAUCACCAAGACAACCACCACCACCGAUUACACCCCCACCGAUUAUCCCAAGAAAAACACUACCUCCGAGAAACAAAGAUGCACCACUCCAAGGAGGAUCAGUUCAAUCUUCACCAUUUUACGAUAAAGGAGAAAAAAAUAAAAACAAACAACAACAUCAACAGUCCUACAAUGUAUUACUACCAUUAGAAAAACAAAUUGAAAACAAUAAUGAAAAUAGAAAUGAAAUAAAACAAACAACAAUCAUUAAUAUAGAUAAAGAUUCUUCAAUAGUCAUAAGUCCUAUGGAAAGUUCGACACCAGAACCAAGAAUAUAUUCACCAUCAGUCAUACCAAAAGAUAGUAUAGUAAGAAUGCCAAUAAAAUUUGAGUUUAUGAUUAUUCCAAUUGAAUGUCGAUAUCAUUUCAAACGAACAAAUCAAAGAUGUACAAUUGAAACUAUAAAAGAACAUCAAAAUUAUCUAGAAAACAGAUAUAAAGAGCUAGAAGAUGAAAGAGAAAAUAAAUUGCAUUUAUUCUUCUCAGAAAAAGAAAAGAGUCAGAUAGUAUCAUUCGUGAAAAAUACCAUCGAAAAAGUACUUGAACAAAAAAAGAAAAGUGAUAUAAAAAGAUUAGACAAUCUUUUAUUAGAUCACAAACGAGAAAAAGCAGCACAAACAAUAAAGAAUACAGCAACACAAUCAGAACAACAACUCAUACAAUGUUUACACAAAAAAUACAUGAGAACGCUAGAACUAAAAUUACAAUUAGAUAAACUAGAAAUGCGAUUUAUAGAAAAUAUGCCCCCACCAUCUUUAAACAUAUUAGAUAAACUUCAAUUAUAUGCAAAAGAGUUACAACCAAAUGAUAAUCAAUUAAAUUCGCUACGUGAACAAUGGAAAAGCGUUCUUCGGAAAGCAAAAUUAGAUCUAACAGCACUAAUGCGGCAAGCUAAGAUAGCCGAAAUAGAACAUGCUAACAGAGAAUAUCAAGAAUUAAUGAAAGGAUUAUCGAAACAUCUUCAUGAGUCAUACGACACUAUGUGUCAAGUAUCGCAUACGAGACAUAGUCAAUAUGCGAAAAGAAAACUGAAUUUUUUGGCAAAAAGGGCGUGCGCAACCAACGAAAAUUAG